AGUUCAUAUUGAUCCGAAUUUUAUUUUAGCAAAACAAAAUAUUUCACUUUAAAAUUUCUCUUACAGGAUUCCUGCCAGAACAAUGGAGGAGAAGGAGGAAGAAGGAGUCCAAAUGCAGCGUUGUGAGAAGAAAGUAGUCAAGAAAAAAAGCCUAUUCAGACGAUUUCUAAAAUUAUUCCGUCGGGACAAAACAUCUGAGAGCAGCGAGACCACAAAAAUGAUCACCCCGGAACCGAAGGAAGUAGCCCAGCAGAAAAAGACAGCGGAAAAGGAAAUGGAGGAGAAGAAGCUGGGAAUGGAGGAGAAAAAGAAAAUGGAGAUGGAGAAGACAGACGCAAUCACUGAAGAAGAGAAAAAUAAAAUAGAGAUGGAGGAGGAAAUGGAGAAGGAGACGAUAAACACCUUCACUGAAGAGGAGAAAAGGAAAGUGGAGGAAGAAGUGGAGGGAAAGAAAAAGAAUGGACGGAAGGUUAAAGCGAUGAAGGAAAGAAAUCAGAGGGCGAAACUGUAUAAAAUGAUAAGAGACUCAAAGGACCCAGAGGAGAAGAGGAAACUUACGCAGCGACUGAUCGCCCACAAGAUCAUCAACAAAAUUGGCGUCCCCUGCACUGGACAAAGACGGAUUUCGAUUCUUUGCAGAGAUAUUCCGUGGGAAGAGAAGGAAGAAGAGCGGGAAGAGAAAGAAGAAGAGCAGACAGAGGUCCAGAAAGAACGCCAAAGCUGCAGCACGACCACAACAAUGAUCACCCCGGAACCAAAGGAAGUAGCCCAGCAGAAAGAGACAGCGGAAAAGGAAAUGGAAGAGAAGAAGCUGGAGAUGGAGGAGGAAAAGAAAGUGGAGAAGGAGAAGACAAACACCUUCACUGAAGAGGAGAAAAGGAAAGUGGAGGAAGAAGUGGAGGGAAAGAAAAAGAAUGAACGGAAGGUUAAAGCGAUGAGGGAUAGAAUACAGAGGGUGAAACUGUAUACAAAGAUGACAGACACCGAGGACCCAGAGGAGAAGAGGAAACUAAUGCAGCAAGUGAUCGCCCACAGGAUGAUCAACAAAAUUGGCGUCCCCUGCGCUGGACAAAGACGAAAUUCGAUUCCUGACAGAACAAGUGAGCUGGAGGAGAAAGACGUCCAGAAUGAAAACCUGAUCAGGGAAAAGACAUCCAAGAGAAAGAAGAUCACAAUAAUUAUCACCCUGGAACUGAAGAAAGUAGCCCAGCAGAAAGAGACAGAGGAAAAGGAAAUGGAGAAGGAGAAGACAAACGCCUUCACUGAAGAGGAGAAAAGGAAAGUGGAGGAAGAAGUGGAGGGAAAGAAAAAGAAUGAACGGAAGGUUAAAGCGAUGAGGGAUAGAAUACAGAGGGUGAAACUGUAUACAAAGAUGACAGACACUGAGGACCCAGAGGAGAAGAGGAAACUAAUGCAGCAAGUGAUCGCCCACAGGAUGAUCAACAAAAUUGGCGUCCCCUGCGCUGGACAAAGACGAAAUUCGAUUCCUGACAGAACAAGUGAGCUGGAGGAGAAAGACGUCCAGAAUGAAAACCUGAUCAGGGACAAGACAUCCAAGAGAAAGAAGAUCACAAUAAUGAUCACCCUGGAAUCAAAGGAAGUAGCCCAGCAGAAAGAGACAGAGGAAAAUAAAAUGGAGAAGGAGAAGACAUACGCCUUCACUGAAGAGGAGAAAAGGAAAGUGGAGGAAAAAGUGGAGGGAAAGAAAAAGAAUGAAUGGAAGGUUAAAGCGAUGAGGGAUAGAAUGAAGAGGCUGAAACUGUAUAAAAAGAUGAGGGAUAGAAUCAAGAGGCUGAAACUGUAUAAAAAGAUGACAGACACCGAGGACCCAGAGGAGAAGAGGAUUCUUUGCACAGAAGUGGUGCGGGAAGAGAAGAAUAAAGUCCAGAUAAUAAUCGAGAGAGAAACCCAAGUCUGAACAAGCUGGGAUCAGCAAGACCACAACAAUUCCGUCGCGGAUGUAAAUAAAAGCAGAAGGAGCCAGAGGACGUGAAGGAGAAAAAGGAGACGCUGCUGCAAGAUACUACUGUAUAUGUAGCGAAACAUAUAGGGCGGAGUCUCAAUUUGUGACGUCAGUUAAAAAAACCUGUAAAAAAACAGCACAAAUAGCAUCUUUUGGGGGAAAGAUGCUAUGUGUAGCAAAACAUGUGUGCUGUCUUUACUUUACUUUUUUAACUGUUAUUAAAAACAUAGACUCCGCCCUAUGCUUUUCACUACAAAUAGCAUCUUCGGGGGAAUAGGGUGGAG